UGGCCGCCGGGACCUGGGAGAGAGAGAGAGAAGGGAGCGCCCACCCGCCGUCCUGGGGUCCGCGCCCCCCACCCCGAAGCCGUUGGCUCCCGAGGCUCGGGCGCACCCACCCUCCGAUCCCUGACACCUCGGCGUGGUCCGCCGUGGGCCACCGGGAGAGCCGCCGGCCCCUGCUGCCAUCUCCAGCUCUGCUGCCCGGCUCUGCCGUCGGCACCCCCACUGCUGCUUGCAGUCUGACCAGCAGCCCCCUUGAGUCUGCGGGGCUAAUGGGAACGCCUCCUUGGUCCUCCCCGCUGCGUGGUCCGGUCCCAGCCCACUGCCGAGAUUUCGACCUUGUCCUGAACGGGACGACGGCGGUCCGAGUCAGCCCCCGACUCUGCACCUGCCGUGCGGGCAGCACCGCAGGAGGAGCCGCGGCGAGCGAGCCUUCUGGGGGAGGUGGGGGGGUGCGCCUCCCCGUGGCCCGCAGGACAGCCGACAGGAGCCGCUGUAGCGGGUGGUCCCGAGGGGAGCUGGAAUCCCAACUCUGCUACUUGCUGUGUGACCUUGGUCAAGUUAGUUGACCUCCCUGAACCUCGGGCUCCUCAUCGGUGUAAUGACGAACACAUAAACAGUAUUUUUCUCAAAGUUGAGGUUGUACAUGGGAAGCGUUUAGUGAGAGGCCUGGGUCAGACAGUAACUGUUAGCUGGCAUUCUGGGUACCAGUCCUACUGUCCUUCCUGGCACUCUAGUGGGCACAGAACCCCCUGCUCCCUAGUACCUCCUCCAGAAUAGCUCUGCCCACAUGGUUCUACCAGGACCACGAGAGUUGCCAUCAAUUUUGUUAGCACUGUUAUUAUCUGCAUUACUUCCAUUCCAGAUAAUACCAGUAAGAGCAAGGGACGCUGUUAUGGGUAGACCCACCCACGGUGUUACCUGUGCCUGUGUGUGAUGGCUAACUUGGCCAUUGAUAGCAGCAGCAUCCACAGUUCAGAUUUUAUACUAGGUGCUAUAAUAGCUCAGUUGGUGAUGUUGCUAAUAGUGUUAUUAGUUGUGCUUCUGAUAAAUAGGACUAUUUGUAUGAUUACUGCAAUUACUUCUGCAGGCCCUGCUGAGGCCUCGCUGAUACUGUGUAGGUUGAUGUUGCUCCUCCCACAGCCACUAAGAGGAUAGCGAGAGCUUCCCUCCUGCUGUGACUGAAAUUCUGGCCUCCUGCGCAUCCCUGCUGACCCUGCUGAGUGCUGGAGCUUGGUUCCCAAGGGGCAGACCUUGGACUGCCAGCUGUCCUUCCAUCAACCUGCAGCAUGGCCCCACUAUUCCUAUGCCUGCUGGCAGCCCUAGCGCUGGCCCGGGUCCCUGCAGCCUUCGCUGAUGCCCUGGAAACGGACAGCUCAGAGGACCGGGCCUUCCGCGUGCGCAUCGCGGGCGACGCGCCACUGCAGGGCGUGCUGGGCGGCGCGCUCACCAUCCCGUGCCACGUGCACUACCUGCGGCCGCCGCCGAGCCGCCGCGCCGUGCUGGGCUCUCCGCGGGUCAAGUGGACCUUCCUGUCCGGGGGCCGGGAGGCCGAGGUGCUGGUGGCCCGGGGGCUGCGCGUCAAGGUGAGCGAGGCCUACCGGUUCCGCGUGGCGCUGCCUGCCUACCCGGCGUCGCUCACGGAUGUCUCCCUGGCACUGAGCGAGCUGCGGCCCAACGAUUCGGGCAUCUACCGCUGCGAGGUCCAGCACGGCAUAGAUGACAGCAGCGACGCCGUGGAGGUCAAGGUCAAAGGGGUCGUCUUUCUCUACCGCGAGGGCUCUGCCCGCUAUGCCUUCUCCUUCGCUGGGGCACAGGAGGCCUGUGCCCGCAUCGGAGCCCGUAUCGCCACCCCCGAGCAGCUCUACGCCGCCUACCUCGGGGGCUAUGAGCAAUGUGAUGCUGGCUGGUUGUCUGACCAGACCGUGAGGUACCCCAUCCAGACGCCACGAGAAGCCUGUUACGGAGACAUGGAUGGCUUCCCUGGUGUCCGGAACUACGGAGUGGUGGACCCGGAUGACCUCUAUGAUGUCUACUGUUAUGCUGAAGACCUCAAUGGAGAGCUGUUCCUGGGUGCUCCUCCAGACAAGCUGACGUUGGAGGAGGCACGGGCAUACUGCCGGGAGCGGGGUGCAGAGAUUGCCACGACGGGCCAGCUGUAUGCAGCCUGGGAUGGUGGCCUGGACCGCUGCAGCCCAGGCUGGCUAGCCGAUGGCAGUGUGCGCUACCCCAUCGUCACACCCAGCCAGCGCUGUGGUGGGGGCCUCCCUGGUGUCAAGACUCUCUUCCUCUUCCCCAACCAGACGGGCUUUCCCAACAAGCACAGCCGCUUCAAUGUCUACUGCUUCCGAGACUCUGCCCAGCCCUCUGCCAUCCCUGAGGACUACAACCCAGUCUCUGACCCAGCCUCUGAUCGGCUGGAGGCCAUUGUGACAGUGACAGAGACUCUGGAGGAACUGCAGCUGCCUCAGGAAGCUGUGGAGAGCGAGUCCCGUGGAGCCAUCUACUCCAUUCCCAUCGUGGAGGAUGGAGGAGGUGGAAGCUCCACUCCAGAAGACCCAGCAGAGGCUCCUAGGACCCUCCUAGAAUUUGAAACCCAAUCCAUGGUACCUCCGCUGGGGUCCUCAGAAGAGGAAAGUGAGGCGUUGGAGGAAGAAGAGAAAUACAAGGAUGAAGAAGACAAAGACCAGGAGGAAGAAGAGGAGGAGGUGGAGGAUGACGCCCUGUGGGCCUGGCCCAACGAGCUCAGUAGCCCAGAACCAGAGGCCUCUCUCACCACUGAGCUGGCCCUAGAGGAGUCCGUCUCCCAGGCAUCCCCGCCAGCGAGGGCGGUCCUACAGCCUGGUGCAUCACCACCUCCUGAUGGAGAGCCAGAGGCUUCCAGGCCUCCAGGUGUCCUUGGACCACCCGCUGAGACUCUGCUCACUCCCAGGGAGGGGAACCUGGCAUCUGCACCGCCUUCCACUCCAGAUGGGGCGAGAGAGGUGGGGGAGGAGACUGGGGGUCUCGAGCUGUCUGGGGUCCCUCGAGGAGAGAGUGAGGAGACAGGGAGCUCCGAGGAUGCCCCUGCCCUGCUUCCAGCCACACAAGCCCCUGAGGGUACCAGGGAGCUGGAGGCCCCCUCCGAAGAGAAUUCUGGAAGAACUGUCCCAGCGGGGACCUCAGUGCAGGCCCAGCCAGUGCUGCCCACUGACAGCGCCAGCCGCGGUGGAGUGGCCGUGGCCCCCUCAUCAGGUGACUGUGUCCCCAGCCCAUGCCACAAUGGGGGGACAUGCGUGGAGGAGGAGGAAGGGGUCCGCUGCCUAUGUUUGCCUGGCUAUGGGGGGGACCUGUGCGAUGUUGGCCUCCGCUUCUGCAGCCCCGGCUGGGACGCCUUCCAGGGCGCCUGCUACAAGCAUUUUUCUACACGAAGGAGCUGGGAGGAGGCAGAGACCCAGUGCCGGAUGUACGGCGCGCACCUCACCAGCAUCAGCACGCCCGAGGAACAGGACUUCAUCAACAAUCGAUACCGGGAGUACCAGUGGAUCGGACUCAACGACAGGACCAUCGAAGGCGAUUUCCUGUGGUCAGACGGCGUCCCCCUGCUAUAUGAGAACUGGAACCCUGGGCAGCCUGACAGCUACUUCCUGUCCGGAGAGAACUGCGUGGUCAUGGUGUGGCAUGAUCAGGGACAAUGGAGUGAUGUGCCCUGCAACUACCACCUGUCCUACACCUGCAAGAUGGGGCUGGUGUCCUGUGGGCCUCCACCGGAACUGCCCCUGGCUCAAGUGUUUGGCCGCCCACGGCUGCGCUAUGAGGUGGACACGGUGCUCCGUUACCGGUGCCGGGAGGGGCUGGCCCAGCGAAACCUGCCACUGAUCCGCUGCCAGGAAAAUGGUCUCUGGGAGCCCCCCCAGAUCUCCUGUGUGCCCCGCAGGCCUGCUCGAGCUCUGCGCCCAGUGAAGGCCCCAGAAGGACAUCAGGGGAGGCUACUGGGGCACUGGAAGGCGCUGUUGACUCCCCCUUCCAGUCCUGCUCCAGGUCCCUAAGGGGCAAGGCCUUGACCACUGCUGCCCCCAGCACUGCCCUCUCCCCACAACCCUCCCUCAAACCUGUGCUCUUCCCACCACAGGAAGUGACACCAUGAGAGGGGUGGAGCAGAAGUCCAGGUGGUAGUGCCUGGAGGGGCUUUUGGGAAAUGACUGGGCAGCUCCAGCCCCGCCUAGGCCCUCUCACCCCUCCCCUGGGCAUCAGGUUUUUCCCUCAGGGCCUCAAGAAAGUCCCUAAGUGCCUCUACUGCCCUCUCCUUGCCAGCCAUCCUGUCCUUUCCAUUCCCCUGGGGGGCGCUGUGCCCACUCAUCCUCAGUUUUCCAAGGGAAUGGGUUCGCAGGAUGGAGGACCUGUAAAGCCAGCAGGAAAUAAAGCUGCAUUUGAGCCCAAGCAA